CUAAAUUAUUCCACUGUCAAAAGGAAGAACUUUGAAAACGUGAUCAGUUUCUGUCGGACAUUCUUCCCAUGUUCUUUGGCGAUCUAGACGACUGUUAAAAAACCGAACGAACAAGGGUUUGAAAUUGUCGAUGUAAAGACUACUCUUGGUCCAUAUCUUUGCAUUUAGAAUGUCUUCGAAUCACGGUACAGACAAGACUAAUCACUUCCCGUCCGCCGAACUUGUAUCUGGGCAGAAACGAACGGAGGAAAGCGAUUCAAAGCAAUUCAGUAAGGUAAAACAGAACAACAUUUAAGUUUUAGUUGAAGAGCAAUUCACUUCGUAAUCUGUUUACGACCAGCUUCUGGAAGUUGUUGUUUGCUUUAAACCAAAGCAAAGUAUAACGGUGUAGAUUGUAAAUUUGGAAGUGUUUAAUUUCUACUGCAGCAAAAUUUGUUGAGCUCUUGAUCGGCUCCACUACUAUGGGUCCGAGGCUAUAUAUAGGGUUUUCCCGGUUUCAGCAGUUGUGUGUUACUGAUUUACUACUGCUACUUCGAGCAAGCCGCAUAACGGAACUAGGUUCAAAUAGAACUUUAUACGUAACUUUGUUAGGUAUGGCUUCUAGGUAUGCGGUGCUUUUUGACUGUGAAUUAAAAUUAAGAAAGUUUUCCCUCGAAUUGAUCUCACACUGGCUUAGGAGAAAUAAAAGAACUUCAGUAACAAAAGGGAAAAGAAAAGGGCAAACAGUACGUGGUAAAAAACUUAAAGCUCCAAACUAAGAUAUUGCCCACUCGCCGCUGUUGAAUCAGCUGAACUUUGUUUGCAAAACAACAGUUUUGCCGCAUAAAAUUGUCGUGGGUUCUUUAGCCAGUAAAAGAAAUGAAAACAAGCGAAGAAAUUUGUACUGGGCCUUCAUUCGGAGUUAAACAUGUGGAACAUGUGUGAUAUUAUAUAAUUGUUACAGCUGUUUUCAGGCCUUAUUGUACAAAAGCGAAUAUUAAUUAAUGGUAAUAAUAAAUUAGUAUAAACUUAAAAACUUGGUAUUUUAAUUUCAACGUAUGGCGGAAAUGCUUCAAAGAAAUUACCCAAAUUAUCCAUGUUUAAGGCCCUGAAUUCAGUUCUAAUUUCUGCUGAUCAUACUAGACAAGAAACGUUUACGCCUCAGUAAGCACUCUAUAGCAUUCGCUCAUACUGCACGAAAUUGUAAAAUCACAGGGGUAAAGCGAUUUUAUUGAAAUUGUGUUGUGACGUCACAGAGAUUGUUUGAAAUUCGAGUCUUCGUCAUUAUUGCUGUUUUUUUCCUCUGGUAAGGAACAGUUACUAAAAAGAAAACGUAUAUAUAAAUUAAAUUUCCCUUAUUCAUUAAAGUCAUCGGUGUCCAAACAGCGCAGUUUUCUUCGCCUAAUCAUUGUAUUUCGUGACUAACAAUUCAUUUGUGCUUUUAAUUAAGAGUUGAUUUAAAUUCACGCUGAUUAGCCUAUUUUACUAUUUUACUCUUCUAUUGUGUUAUCAUGGCUGACUAACUUCAAUGCAAUUUAUUUCUGGCUGUGGCAAUAACAGUCAAAAAUCCGGGAUGUAAAGUUUCUAUUUACCAUUGAAUAUGGCGUUUUCUCUAUUCAAUAUGUGAUGAAAAAAGUCCUUUCAGUUCAUUGUCUUGGAAACUCUGAUACCAAGAGAGGAUAAAGCCUUAUCCUCUCUUGCUGAUACCCAUAAUAUUGCAAAAACAUUUGUAGUCAUUGUCCUUCGAAUUCGCUUUGGAGUUUAAAAAUUUGCUUUAUGUGUGAUUCAGUUAUUCCAAAAAAAUUUAUCCAAGCGAGGGAGAAUAACUGAUUUGAAAAUGGGCGGCACUUGCUAAUGCAUGUCCCAUCUUUUAACCUUAACAGCCCACGAACGGUAAGGAAUCAUGGAUAUACUCCACAUUUAAAAAACGAACAUGUGGCCAGUUCAUACCCUCUAAAAAGGAAAUUACACGGUGAGUAGAGGUAGUAGUAGUUGUAGCGGCAGCACUCUUAGGGCCUGUUUACAUGGGGGUGGUGGACCCCAGGUAGGUGAGGUAACCCGCCUGUACAUAUAAUGUCUCAUGUGGUCACCCCACCUAUCAGGUAAACGCGAUUGAAUUGAUAUGAGAGAUUGUAUGAACAGGCGGGUUACCCCAACUAGGCGGGUUACCUCACCUACCUGGGCUCUCCCACCUUCAUCUGUACAGGACGUUAGUAUGACUAUGAUAUUACGUUUUGAAACAAAUUAAAACCUGCCGAUCGCUUGAAACUUCUGGCUCAUUGACAAUUAUAUCUUUACUUUAGUUGUUGUUGCGGUCGAUUGCACGAAGACCAUGAAUCUGAGGCGACCCGUCAUAUCCAGUCCAGUGAUGUCACGUGGGACAUCAGCCAGCAUACUAUAGAGGAACCAACAGAUGCUUACGGUGAACUGGAAUUUACUGGGGCUGGACAAACCAGCAGAGCUAAGGUAAGAGUAAACACUAUUAGAGGCGUAAGCAGUUGUAGUUAUGAGAUGGAACGUAGAGUUCCAAGACUAUCUCACUUAUUUUACUUUUGUUUUUUCAUCGUUAUAAUCCUUAGUUCAUCCGCAUCUCUCAUGACACUGAUCCUGAAAAGGUUCUACAAGUGUUAAGGUACGAAUGGAAGCUAGAGUUACCCAAGCUGCUGAUCUCUGUAACAGGAGGAGCAAAAAGCUUUCAGCUGCAUCCAAAAUUAAAGAACGUGCUUCGACAGGGGCUUUUAAAGGUAACCGCGAUUACCGUAAAAAGAAAUAGCUCUCUGAAAGUCUAGAAGACAAGGCUAACUCUGAAAAAUGCCUCAAAAUGUCUUGCAACUGAAAGCCUAAAAUCCAACUUUCUCCACUAACUAUGUACAAGUCAAAUUAAUUUGUAAAAAAAUUUCUCACUAACACAAGCACGUAGGUGGUUUUGUAUGGCGCUUGAAUAGAGAUAAAAAAGGAACAAUUUAUUCUACCCAAAUUAAUUUUCUGUGGCUCUUUAAGAGGUGUUACAGUAGGUUAUCGGACCCAGUCGCUUUCAUGCGCCACGAAUUAGACGUGCGCACGGUUAUACUGAUUAAGGCGAACGCCCUUGAACUCCCCACACAUUUUCAGUCCAGUGCGAGUGCUGAAAACUUUUUCAUCAGCCAAGCUGUUGACUAUAGAGUCAUAUUUUUUUUCUUGUCGAAUGAACGUGUUUGCGCUUUCGUUUUCCACAUAAGGCAUACGAGAGAUGUGUGUAAUUUAAUUAUUCAAAAAAGCUCUUUAUCGUUACAAACAAGAGAUGGAGUUUGAUACUGACUGUUACCGUAAUUUUAAUGAUCCACAGGCCGCCCAGACCACAGGUGCAUGGAUUAUCACAGGCGGAACAAACACUGGCGUAAUGCGUCACGUGGGAGAAGCCGUCAAGGGUCACACUGUCAUGUCACGUGGGGCGCAGAUAAAAGACAAACCUUCCCAGCUGCACUUGAUUGGAAUUGCUACGUGGGGAAUUGUGGAACAUAGAUCGGAUUUAAUAAACAGCAACGUAAGAUCCUUGUGUGAAAGGUUUGAACCCAAGAGUCAUUUCAUAAGUGGGUGGAGCAUGCUCGUCUGGGUUGACAGUGCCUGAAGUUUCAACAACCUGUGCGAAAGAAUGACUGGAUAAUAGACCAAUUCCGAUAUAUUAAAAUUCAUACUUGGUUGUGAGGCUUGGGGAAUAAAACAAAAGAAAUCAUCUUGAGGCUUAUUAAUGAAUAAUACAUUUCUUUUGUUUUAUUUCCCCAAGCCUUGGAGCCAAGUAUGAAUUUUAAUGUAUCGAAAAUGGUCUAUUGACAAUUUGACUAACAAUAAACGACUGUUGAACUGUGACAAAAAACAGAUCGAAACACACCAAUGACAUUUAGCCAAUAAGGCUUAACUGACAGACGACCAAUAACAUUGCGACUUAAUCGACCUAUCAGGUCAAUAACCAUCAACUGACGUAUUACAGCUCACUUUAACUCUGAAGAUGACUACCGCACAGGUUGCCGAAACGUCAGACACUGUUAACAGCAGUCCGAUUCAGCACUACGACAACUCGUAAGAUCAUGCUCUAUCUACUUAUAAGAUCCUCGAGAUGUUGUUGAAAUACCGGUCUUUUCCUUAUAAUGCCAUCGCACAGCUUGUUUUAAAGAUUUUGGUUGUUAUAUUGUUAGUAAAUAUUUUUUAUUCCGCCUGGCAAGCUCUCAGAGUGUUCUUUUUUUGCGUUCCUUUUUUAACCCAAUCAAAUCCAUCUCAAGUUCGGGAAAGGAAGACGCUGUAUGGAGGACGAAGCGUGAUAUGAAGUGAUUGUUUUUGUUAUCUAAGUUCUGUUGUAUUGGCGAGGUCUGCAGGUAAAAAGUUCAUCUCAUCUGACGCAAACGAGUAUGGAUCAAUACUGGCAACAUAAUCCAUGUGCUUUUAUAACUAACAUCCCACAGAAGACGAUUACAGCUUUAGCCGCGUGGGCCAAGUAAUAGUUGUCGUUUUUAUUUCUUUGACACAGGGUGUGGUCACGUAUCACAUGACUUCCAGCUUUUUGUCCGAGGGCGCAUGCCUGGAUAACAACCAUUCACAUUUCAUCCUUGUUGAUGAUGGGAGAGAAGGAAAAUAUGGAGGGGAAAUCCCAUUUCGUGCCAGCCUUCAAAACUGCAUAACAACGAAAAAGAUCUCCAGGAGUGAGUUAAUUUAUUUAAAAUACAAGUCAGAUGUUGCUUUAAUUGCAAGAGAACUAAAAGUAAAAGUCGAAAAAAAUUAGUCCAGCACGAACCGAGCGAGGGGGUUGGGGUUAGGGUUAGGGUUUUUCAGCUCACAAAUAUGUAUUAAGUCAUCGCAGAUCGAAUGUGAAACACGAGGUGAACAAAGGCGUAUUGGAAAAAAAAUUAAAAAAAAUCAAUGACAAAAACAAAGGGAACAUUAAAGCCUUUGUUUUCUCGCAAAAAGUUGACUCGUGGACUAUUAGUGAUCAGAGUAAGAUGGCUUCUGCGCAACCGACUCUACCAACUAACGCCACCGGGAAACAAGACAAACGCGGAAGUUGCAGUUUAAUGGUUUUUCAUUUCUCAUAACAACUUGUUCAAUAUUUGCUCAAAUUAGGGUUAGAAAGGACUCCUCACCCUUGCUCUUUUGUUUUUCAGGUAAAUCGCAUGGUAUCCCUGUGGUGCUACUUGUUCUUGAGGGAGGUCCCAACACGAUUCUUACGGUGUUGGAAUCUGUAACGAGCUGUCCAGCUGUGCCUGUCGUCAUUGCCGAGGGCAGCGGUAGAGCUGCAGAUAUAUUGGCGCAUGCGCAUAACCUAGUCUCCUCGAAUGACAGGUGUGUAAUGGAAUUUUGCUUCCACUUAUGUCAUAUGAAUCUUUUACUGAUAUUAUUAUCUGACACUUUAUGCCAGGAAAGGCCAAUUUAGGCGAUAAUUCUUUUGUAGGCCAUGGCUUACUACGAUUUUCUUUCCUUUGCUGAUACUCCUCAAAAAGUAGAUAUCAUUCAUCUGGCAAAAUAAUUUUUUUGCGUGUUUUUCUUCUCCUUCUUCUUCUUCUUCUUCUUCUUCGUCGUCGUCGUCGUCGACAUUUAUCUUCUUUACAAUUUUGCAUGAAAUAGCGGUUACGCCAAACAUGUACACACCAAACUGUUGUUCAUAAGGUUUUUUUUAAUUUCACCUUCCUUUAUUUUAAAGCACUGACAUGGAAGACAUGGCGGACGUUGUGGAACAUCAUCAGCUCUUAAUGAAAAUUCAGAAAGCUUUUCCGGAAUGUAACGAGCAGAAAUGCCUGUCUGUUUACCGCGAUGUGCUGAAAUGCGUGGGAAAUAAGAGAUAUGUAAGUUGA